AUGGCUGCCUCUUUCCAGCAAGCUCAAGCAGAAGGUCUUGUCCUCAGACACCCCGAAAACUUUGGGCAACACCGCGAGAUCACCCUCGACCAGGCGGUGACUAUGCUCUUACGCGCCAUUACGAUGUCCCAAAGUGUCCCUUUUAGCUGGUCGUACAUUGAUAAACCUCCGGAGGGACAGCUUUACUUGUUAUUCAUGGGACCAGGAUCGGCGUUUCCAAACGAUGGAAUACGAUGGCAAGAGAUGGAAACUAGACAUGCGAUACCUGCACCCAAUUCACGCGAACUCGAGGUCCAUGAGGUCAAAUAUGGCUUCAUUCCCGGCUCCGGGGAUACUACAGCAUGGCGAAUUCGCAGAAGAUAUCGACUGUCCAGAGGCGGCCUUCCAUCUCUUUCUCUCGUCCAUUACACAAGAGGAGCAGGUGGUAGCAUAAUGCCAUCUCUCAUGAACCAACCAUUGCGCGCCUACCCGUUACGACCGGUCAACGAACCGGCACUCUUCAUUGCUGGUGAGAAGAUUGGCCAGAAAGUGUACCCUCCCGGAACUGUUCCUCCUCCAGGUGGUGGAGGUGGGCCAGGAAUAGUUCCGAUACCCGGAAUGCCCAUGAAUCUUUCCCAACAACAGGCAAUGUUAGCACAACAGAACAACAGGAUGGACAUGCUGGAAGCUCGAAGGGAUCGUGAAAGAGCUCGUACUGGUAAUACAGUGCGCCCUCCUCCGAUGCUUGAUGACGACUCGGGAGACGAAGCAGAAAUGGUGUCGACAAAGUCGUUGGCGCUCACGCGAUACAGGCGAAACCACGAUUUGAUGAACGAGGUGUUCAUGCACGCCGCCUUUGGCGAUAAGCACAAAAAACCGCCGACUUCCUCAUAUUCCAUCUUCAAAAAGGAAGACCUCGAGGAACAAUGCUCACAAUUAAAUGCCGAAAUCGAGGUAUUACAAACACGCUCUUCCGAGCGAAAAUCGCGGUCGACCGUUGGCGAUGUUUCCAUGUCGGACCCCAUUACCGUGUAG